GGGCCGGCAGUACUUCUGGAAUGACUGGUAUUCUUAUCCCUUCUCCGUCAAAAGCACAAAAUGGCCAAUUCCGUUUUUGGAAAAAUGAAUCUCCUGGAAUUUUCAGCAAGUCAGACAGUACGAGAAAAAGAGGAGCCAAAGGUUUCAGGUUGAUGGCCUUUCGUCGGAAGUAUAUCAGAGAUGAACAGCCUCUAAAUAAGUCAUGAGAGCUUUUGAACCUGGAAAAGAAGUUAGCAGAAUACAAGUGUGAUACCAACAAGGCUAUUCGGCUAAAGUUAGUUCGCUUCGUUGAAGACCUGGAGGAUGAGACCAUGAGCUUCAGCCCGUUAUACAGUCACCAAGUGUUUGGAGAUGAAGAAUCAGUAUUUGGCUACAAGGACCUUGAAAUCCAAUUGUACUACAGUACCUGCAGCCUCACUACAUUCUUCAAUAUCAAAUACUCCAGCAAAGUUGUAGAAAAAUAUGACAACGUAGAGGUUGAUAAUGUUGAAAGUAAACUGUUAGAAUUUAUCCCAGCUGGUUACUGCAUCAACCUUGAUGAGUUUAUUGUGCAGCUGGAAAAGGACGCUUCCUUCAGACCAUUUGGAUUUCUCAUUCACUCAUAUACCGUGUAUGAUGAGAAAGAGGGACUGGAGUUAAAUUAUGAGAUUUACAAGACUGAUAUUAGCUGUCCGGGCUUUCGAGAAUACCAUGAGAGACUGCAGACCUUCCUCAUCUGGUUCAUUGAAACAGCAAGCUUCAUUGAUGUGGAUGAUGAUAAAUGGCAAUUCUUUCUAGUGUUUGAGAAAUAUCUUGAAGAUGGCUUGCCACGCUUUGCAACAGUGGGUUAUAUGACUGUAUAUAAUUUCUAUGCAUAUCCUGACAAAAUGAGACCACGGAUAGGCCAAAUGCUGGUGCUGCCCCCAUUCCAAGGUGAAGGACAUGGUGCACAGCUGUUGGAGACAGUCCAGAAGUUUUACACAAGAGACCCUGCUGUACUGGACAUUACUGCUGAAGAGCCAUCUGAGGAUUUUGUGAAACUACGAGAUUUUGUUCUCGCCAAACUGUGCCAGGAGCUCCAAGCCUUUGUACCUGAAAAACUCAAGAAAGGAUUCAGUGCUGAAAUGAUAGAAGACGCCCGAAGAACUUGGAAGAUAAAUAAGAAAGCUGUAACACUUCUUUGCAUUAAAUUUAAUGAGCUACGUUGUUAUGGAUCAGACCAGACCCCUGCAAAAUAUUUUAAGCAUCACUCACGGCGAGUAUACGAGAUUCUCCGGUUGCGUGUGACCAACAUGAGUGAUCCAGUGCAAAGCAGCGAGUACAGAUUGGAUGUGAAACGCAGGCUUGCUAUUCCUUUUAAGAAAAAUAAGAAGGAAGCAACACGUCUUUCCCGGUUGAUGCCAGAAGACUGGCUAGCACAGCAAGCAGAGAUGAGCGUGAGCCAAGAGCAGGAGUACUUGGAGGAGACUUACCAGACCACUCUGGAACAAUACCGACGUAUUCUGGAGCGCUUAGCACGUGUUUGAAUUCAGUUGCAAAUCUUGCUCUUGUCUUGAUGCGAGAGUUCAGAUUAGUCAGCUGGGGAUUGCAAUAUUGCUGCAUUGUUGAAGGAACUGUUCCUAAUCACAAUAAGUAAAUGGUUUUUCCAUUGAAAUUGGAGCACUCAAUGUGAAGCCUUUCUCUGCUGUUGUGUACAGUUUGCUAAACAUCAAUCAGACACCAAGACAAACAUCUUUUUAAAAUGUGUAUAUAUAGAAGCACUGUACUAUAUAUUUUUAAAGACAUUUAUUCAAUUUUACUCCUGGGAUCUUCAGCCAUACUUAAUGGCAUUCUAUGAUUUUGGUGGGAGGAUAAGGCCAAUAGACUCACUUUAGCAGAGAAAGGCACUGCUUUCUUUUGGCAUUGGACAAAAGCAAAUUAAAAACUUCAUUUUAUCUGAUUGCUGAAUAUUCAAGCUUCCAAAAUAAACAAAUCAGUUGAGUCUUUA